AAGAAAUCGGAACCACGCAUUAUCUGCUCGUGACGUUGACAGGGAUUGGCCUCCUUCCGCGUGUAUAUGAACCCCCUCGUAUCCCCUCACAUCCCCUCCCCUCAUCUCACACCCAUCCUUCCAUCCUCCCAUCGCUACCACCACAACCACAACUACACCCCCCAUUAUCACAACCUCAACACCACCCAUUCACCAUCUCCAAUCCACCAUAAAACCUCAACCCUCAACACCAAAAUGCCCCCCUCUCUCUCGUGGCCCAAAUCCCUCUCCCUCUCCCUCCCCACCCACACCUCAUCCCACUUCACAACCACCCUAUCAACAACCACUCUCACCCUAACAACCCUAACCAUCAUACUAUGUCCUCUCGCCUACAAAAACUACAAAACCUACCUCUCCUACGGCCCCGGCGGCGCCCCCUACAACCUCCUCGGCUGGUUCGGGGUAACUUUCCUCCUGUACCCGUUCGGACGAAACAUGACCAGCACGACCAUCUACGAGAAGAAGAUCGCCUCCGGGGAAACAGAAUCUUUUAUCUCGGAGGAUGUAGAUACGUUGUUGGGGGAGUUGAAGAGGGAGAGGGCCGUCGUGGGACCACAUUAUGUUCCGCAACGGCAGGUGGUGGAGGGGGAGUUUGCGGGGGAGGAGGUUAGGGAGGUGAGUUGUUUGUUUAUUUACCUAUAAUUUUUAUCUUGUUGGGGGUGUAGUGUUUAAGGUGGGAUGGGAAGAAAAGAGAAUAGAAGAUAUUGGCUUAUUCGGAAGAAUGGGAUAAGAUGGAAUGAGAUGAGCUAACAUACUAUUCCAUGUGGUAUAUUCAGACCCUCGUCACCUCCUUCUACGCCCUCGCAGACCGAAACCCAGAUAUAAUAAAAUGCGCCAAAUCGGAACUAGAACUCCACGCGGAUGCCAUCUUCCUCGCUACGGAAUCGCUCAUCAACCG